CUGACUUUUAUCUCAGAAUUCUGACUCCUCCCUCUGAACAUGGACUUUUGGAUCAAUCUAUCAAACCAGUCUUGUAUCGGCCUCACUGUGACCGGUGGAGUCUGUUACAUGUGUUGAUUUAAAAAAAAAAAAAAAGCCCAACGAGCUCAUUUUAUUUUGAAAUGUCAACCGGAAAGCAGGUGUUGGAUACUGUCUGGUUUGACACUCGCUGAGUGUGUUGUGUGUGUGUGUGAGUGAGUGUGUGAAGUCCGCUUCCUGCUGCCGCUCGGUGUCCGCGCACCGUCCGUCUCCUCAGUGUCGAUCGGCUCGCCAUGGCGGAAGGACGCAGAGAACAGCCGCCGCAUCCCCUCUUCUCCACACCACCGGCCAGCAAGCGACCCUGCCUGCGCCCCGCUCCCCGGGGCCCCGGACCGGGGCCCGGCCACGGGAGCGGGUCGUCCGGCUCCCGGCACCGCUCCCCGGAGUCCCUCCUGGACUGCGCCGCGAAGGCAGUGGCGGAGAAGUGGGCCUUCGAGCGGGUGGAGGAGCGCUUCGAGCGGAUCCCGGAGCCCGUCCAGCGCCGCAUCGUCUACUGGUCUUUCCCCCGCAACGAAAAGGAGAUAUGCAUGUACUCGUCGUUUCAGUGCCGGGUCGCCGGCGAGGAGGGUCCGUCGGCGGCGACCGGCGGCACUGGUGGUGCCGCGUCCGGAGCUACGACCGCCGCCGCCGCCGCCGCCGCUGGUGCCGGGGGUGGAGGAUCUACCACCGGCGCGGCGGCUACCGCGGGGGCAGCCGGGGCGGCGGGCACGGGAGACGGGCUGCCGUUCCGCCGCGGCAUCAGGCUGCUCGAGACCGGCUGCGUGGAAAACGUUUUGCAAGUCGGGUUUCACCUCAGUGGCACGGUAACCGAACCCACCACCUCGUCGGAUCCAGAGGUCACCCACAAGGUGGCCAUCAGCUUCGACCGCUGCAAGAUAACCUCAGUCACCUGCGGCUGUGGGAACCGGGACAUUUUCUACUGCGCACACGUGGUGGCACUGUCUCUUUACAGGAUUCGCAAGCCCGAACAGGUGAAGCUGCGGCUUCCGAUCUCAGAGACGUUGUUCCAGAUGAACAGAGAUCAGCUGCAGAAGCUGGUCCAGUAUCUGAUAACAGCCCACCACACUGAGGUGCUGCCCACUGCCCAGAAACUGGCUGAUGAGAUCCUCUCCUCCAACUCUGAGAUCAACCAGGUCCACGGCGCACCAGACCCAACUGCAGGCGCCAGCAUUGACGAUGACAACUGCUGGCACCUGGACGAGGAUCAAGUCAGGGAGCAAGUCAAACAGUUUCUGUCCCAGGGAGGAUACUAUGGCUCUGGGAAGCAGCUCAACUCCAUGUUCGCUAAGGUGCGGGAGAUGCUGCGAAUGCGAGAUUCCAACGGUGCCCGAAUGCUGACGCUCAUCACGGAGCAGUUCAUGGCGGACCCCCGCUUGUCGCUAUGGAGACAGCAGGGCACGGGCAUGACGGACAAGUGUCGGCAGCUCUGGGAUGAGCUGGGUGCAUUGUGGGUGUGUGUGGUGCUGAACCCCCACUGUAAAAGUGAGGAGAAGAGCAGCUGGCUGAAGCAGCUGAAGAAGUGGGGGGACAUGGACGUCUGCCCGCUGGAGGACGGCAACUAUGGCAGCGAGCUUCCAAACAUCACCAACGCUCUGCCGCAGAGCAACCUCGCACAGGACUCUGUGUCCAGGCCGAGGAGAACCGUGUUCAGCCGGGCUGUCGAGGCCUGUGACCUCCACUGGCAGGACAGUCACCUCCAGAGGAUCAUCAGCAGCGACUACUACGUGUCUCCAUCCUACCAGAGGGAGGGGGAGAGUCUGCUCUUCAACCCACAGGGUCUGCCGCUCUGGCUCGACCACGUACCGACGGCCUGCGCUCGCGUCGACGCCCUGCGCUCCCACGGUUACUCCAGGGAAGCCCUGCGAUUGGCCGUCGCCAUCAUCAACACGCUCCGCCUCCAGCAGCAGAGACAGAUGGACAUCUACAAGCACCAGAAGAAAGAACUCCUCCAGAGGGGCGUGACUUCCACCACCAACCUCGAAGGCUGGGUUGGUCAUCCCCUCGACCCGAUCGGCUGUCUGUUCAUAACACUCACGGAAACCUGCCGCGUGGACGACGACAACAACAUGGACACUGGAGAAGGCGAACCCAGACCUCCAGUCUACCACCACGUGCCGGUGUGGGGCAGCCCCGAUGGUGGGGAGUCAUACCUGACUCUAGCCUUAGAGGUGGCCCUGAUGGGUAUGGGCCAGCAGAGGAUAAUGCCAGAGGGCCUCUACGCUCAGGAUAAGGUGUGUCGCAACGAGGAGCAGAUUGUUGCAAAACUUCAAGAACUGGAGCUGGAUGAUCUCCUGGUCCAGACUCUUCGGAAACAGGCCAUACAGCUACUAGAUGCCGGUCCGUUUAGCGGCCUCGGUGAAGUCAUCCACAGGGAGAGCGUCCCCAUGCACACCUUCGCCAAGUACCUCUUCUCCGCCCUGCUGCCCCACGAUGCAGACCUGGCGUAUAAGGUGGCUCUCCGCGCAAUGAGGCUGCCGGUGCUGGAGUCGUCAGCAGGCUCCGGCGACGUGGGCCACCCUCACCACGGCAUCUCCAUAGUUCCGAGUAGAUACCCACGCUGGUUCACACUGGGACACCUGGAGUCACAGCAGUGUGAGCUGGCCUCCACCAUGCUCACUGCCGCCAAAGGAGACAUGUUGAGGUUGCGGACGGUGCUGGAGGCCAUCCAGAAAAACAUCCACUCUUCGUCCUUAAUCUUCAAACUGGCCCAGGACGCCUUUAAGAUAGCCACACCUGCAGACAGCCCGCCUGAUAUAACCCUGCUCAACGUAGCACUGGAGCUCGGCCUGCAGGUGAUGAGGAUGACUCUGUCCACGCUGAACUGGAGAAGGAGAGAGAUGGUUCGCUGGCUGGUAACCUGCGCCACGGAAGUUGGUCUGCGGGCACUGGUGAGCAUCCUACAGAGCUGGUACACCCUCUUCACGCCGACUGAGGCCACCAGCAUCGUGGCAGCCACCGUCAUGUCCCACAACACCAUCCUGCGCCUCAGCCUCGACUACCCCCAACGCGAGGAGCUGGCCAGCUGCGCGAGGACCCUGGCCCUGCAGUGCGCCAUGAAGGACCCCCAGAACUGCGCCCUGUCAGCUCUGACCCUCUGCGAGAAGGACCACAUCGCCUUCGAGACGGCCUACCAGAUAGUGAUCGACGCAGCGUCCACGGGAAUGACGUACUCCCAGCUCUUCACCAUCGCGAGGUACAUGGAGCACAGAGGGUACCCCCUGCGGUCGUUCAAAUUGGCCUCCCUCGCCAUGACCCACCUGAACCUGGCUUACAACCAGGAUACACACCCCGCUAUUAAUGACGUGCUCUGGGCAUGCGCACUUAGCCACUCUUUGGGUAAGAACGAGCUUGCGGCCAUUAUUCCCCUGGUGGUGAAGAGUGUGCACUGCGCCACGGUGCUGUCUGACAUCCUCAGACGGUGCACCAUGACGGCGCCGGGUCUCGCCGGCAUUCCCGGGAGACGGAACUCUGGGAAGCUGAUGUCCACGGACAAGGCGCCAUUGCGGCAGCUCCUGGACGCCACGAUCUCGGCGUACAUCAACACCACGCACUCUCGACUGACGCACAUCAGUCCGCGGCACUAUGGAGAGUUCAUAGAGUUCCUGAGCAAAGCAAGGGAGACAUUCCUGCUGGCACAGGAUGGCCACAUUCAGUUUGCCCAGUUCAUAGACAACCUGAAACAAAUCUACAAGGGCAAGAAGAAACUGAUGAUGUUGGUCAGGGAGCGAUUCGGCUGACCUUACCCCUCCCUCACAGGGACCCUCUCCCUGGGAAGUAGUUAAAUGUAUUUGUUUCUAUUUAAGGUUUUUAUUUUUUAGAUUCUUUGAGUUUUUACUUAUGUUGAGCCAUUUGUUGACUAAGUCAUAAGUUUUUGUCUCUGUUUUGUUGUUUUGUUUCUUGAAUGUGAACCAGGAAGUGUUUGCAGUGCAUUGCUCUACUCCGUUGAGACUGCGACAAGGGGGGGGGGAGGAUGUCAAAGAAACACAAACAAAAACAACAGCAUUUUCCCCUCCAACUAAUGUUUAAUCUAUUAUGAAAAAGUCAAAAGAUUGUGAUGACAAAAAAGGCAAAAGGAACUUUUGUUUUUUUCAGCGGCACAUGGCGAUAUAAAAACCAAAUGAUUUUGUUGGAUGGGGUACAUACUUAAAGCCAGAAGACACCUUCAGUGGGGGUUAUAAAGUGGAAGAAACAUGUCAUUCAAAAACGAGAAAGCCACUGAGGUGGAAAACACACAUAGUGUUGCCGUCAUACCUCGACUGUAUUACUUGUCAGCUUUAACUUCUCCAUCAGAAAUGGCCUCUUGUUUCAUUCAGGGCAUCCUAGAGUAGAGCGGGCCGAAUAAAGAAGUACACAUGUUCAUAGACUAAACCAACAGGUUUAGACACGUGACUAAAGCCACCCGAGACUAGCUCCUAUCCGUGGUCAGUGCUUUUCAUUCAGAAGAAGAACCAUGUUGCUUCACGUAGAGCACGUUCUCAAAUCCAGAGUGACAUUAAUCAGGCUGUUGUCGCUAAGGUAGAGUAGUAGAGGUUCCACAUGCACAUUUAUAUACAGCAUCUCUCUUAUGUCCUCCUAUAAGCUUAUUUACAGUGACAACGUACUACUGUGGUGAAUGGUGGGGCUCACAGGAUCUCUAAGACAUAACCACUGCACUGCUCCAUAGCCUUUUGUGACCAAAACCAUUUAAAAAAUCCAUACAACUCUGUGCGACAUUGAUAACCUCUCACGUGCCAGAUCAAGCUUCGGCCAUGUCUGCUUCAUUCCUGUCAUCCGGCGGCAUUCAUUUCACCACCGUGUGUUCUGUCGGGUGGCCUUGGAAAAAAACGGGACCUUAAUGACUUCAGCGACCAUAACUUAAGUCCCUUUUCCAUCUCGAAAAACUUCUGUCGCAAGUAGCGUUUCAUUGAACCCAUAGCAUUAGCCCGCUUUAAGAGCAGAAAUCUGGUCAUCAUUUUGGAUCUUUUCAUCAUUGUUUCAACCCACCGCCCGUCAAACAGCACUAUUAUUUUUUUUUACAAACAUCAGCUAGCAUUAUCUGAAAUUAUGGUAGCAGCAAGCGGAAAUAAACAAUAAUCAAUUAAAUAACAAAGUCGACAUUCUACCUUGUAUAUCCCGUCGGAUGAAGAGAAUUAGCCACGGCCUAAAGCCGUCUGAACACAGUAGAACCAGGCUUAAACCACGGAUGCUGCUGCCCUAGGUGAUAUUUAUAUAGUUGGCAAUUGAUGAAAAAAAAGAUACGUAAUGUGUGAGGGGUCACUCACAGUGACGAAUCCAAAUGGAAUUAUCGCCCCACUGUGCUCUUGCCCUCGACUCCAUGAAGCGUCAUUGUGGCAUAAUUUAGCUUUUAACUGUUUAGGUUUUCUGGCAGCAUAAUGUCACUGCUUGCUUCGGUCGUAAUGUACCUACACCUUCCUCUGGUUAUUAGCUGCAAGUUCAUAACUACAGUGGAGGUUUUAUUUUGUAUAGAAUUGUAUUCUUCCUCAAGCAGUGGCAGAAAUCUGUUAACGGUGGUUUAAGCGGCGUUCGAAUGUACUAAAGCAAAACAAACAAAAAAGACAAUUAUCUGACAUUUGAUGCAAAAAAGGUCAAUAUUUAAAACAUUGGAGAGAGAAAAAAACAUUGUAACUGUCGUAAUUGCACUUCUCCCAUCUUGGCUAAUAGGCAAAUAGAAAAAUGAAUAUGCAAAAGUAACUUCUUUUUAUGGUUUCAAACCUAUGUUGUUUCCGAGCUAUUAAAUUCCUCCAGGUCGUAAAUCUUUAUGGGAAAGGGGUCUAUGGUUACUAAAGCUACUUACAUGCGUAUGCUACUGGUUGUGCUUAUUCUGGCCUGUGAAGAUGAGUGGCCAUGUCUUUCUCGAGAGGGUUGCAGAAAUGCGGUGCACAUACAAAAACAAAAAAAAUACUGUAUAUUUUAUGACUUGAUGGCGUAAGCGUACAUAUUUGAGACAACAUGCCUCGGCACAGUAAGUUGCUUGUCCGUAUGGGGGGGGGGGGGGGCUUAUGUGCCCCCUGUCUUACCCAGUGGCAUGGUGUUGUUAACGGCAGUGUACAGUACAGCGAGAGCCUGAAUCUUUACUGGUCAUCGUAUGAGCACUUCACACAAAUACCUCUGCAGUACGUUCCUGCCUGCUUCAGCAUUUAUUUAUUGAUUGUUUAUUAACUUUGUGUGACCGAGUAGGAAUCGCAUACACAGACGGAACUGGAUUUUUUUUUUUUAUACCAGAAAAAGAAAGUCACAACAGAUGAGUCAUCCUGUCGACAGCGGGAGAAUAAGAAAGUGGGGUUUUCGAAUGGAGGAACAUUUUCUCGUCUGCUUUUACAUUCCAUGAGAGCUAAUCUUCACCCAGGACCGGGUGGGGGGGGGGGGGGGGGGGCAGUCACGGCUCUGGGCCUUUUUGUUGAUCUGAAGAAAUGCAGAUGAGAAGAAUGAAAUUAAAAAAAGGAAAACUGAGCAAAUAGAAAGAAGAGAGAGGCUUAACUCAGUUCUCAGGGACAUCACUUAAAGAAACAAAACAAAAAGUAGUAGCAUUAAGCAUUUAAGAUAUUGUAAAUAUAAAAGUGUCAAUUCAGAAAAUUGUAAAGUUAUAAUUAUUUAUGAUAAGUAUGUUAUGUGUUUGGGUUUUUUUCUCUAUUUUUUAUGUUUCUGUUUUCCUUGGCGAGGGUGUACUUGAAUUGUUUUGGACUGGGGGAAUUUGACAGCGUUUUUUGUUUUUUUUGUAAGAGCAAAAGACUUCAAGGCAUUUCUCAGGUGCUCCUGUGUACAUUUCUUUCAGUUUGUUUAAGGCUAUAAUACCUAUUAUUGUUUGUGUUUUGGAUUAUUAUAAUUUUUUUUAUUUUUUUUUUAAAGAUCUGCAAAGAAAUAAAAAAACAACAACAACAAUCUGUUUUCCAAAAGGAGGCAUGUUAUUCGGAGUUGAGGAACUUCAUUUGCAAACAGAUACGUACUAAACCUGACUAUGCAGAACCACUUUGAUGGUCUUGUCGCCGCUUAAAGACGCCCCCCUUAAAAAAAACGUGGGAGGAAGAGACGGGGGGGGGGGGGGGGGGGGGGGCAUGCUUGUAUUUGGACAAUGCGCAGUAGCCAGCCUGCAUUCGCUGCAACAUUUAGAGGAGAAAAAAACUUUUUUUUUUAAACCUUUAAAAAGAAAAAAAAAAAAAAGAUACAUUGUGUAAAAUGCCUUUCAUGACCUAUUAAUGUACAAAGAUUAUUUUUUGCUUUAUCUUUGUUGGUUGUUUAUUUAAUCAGGACUCAAGCCUUCAGUGUCUUCUCCGAGGAGUCGUGUUUGUGCGGCAGCACCGCAGCGAGACGGGAAAAAAAACACACAAGUGUCCGAGUCCCAGGCGGCAACUGUACGAACAAAAGAGACGGCCCGUGGGCGGACUCGCGUUCAUUCCUCAUUUCUUGUCAUUUCUAUUUUUAUUAUUAAUAUUAUUGCUUUCUCAGCCCACUGCUUCACCGGAGUUCACCUGUAGUUUUCUUCAUCUAAUUUCACGGCGCGGCGUCGGCGCGCUGUUGACCAGCUUCUCCCCUGCGGCCACCUCCUCUUUCGUCCGACCUCAGAGCACUUGGGUCGCCGGUGCUCGGCCGCGGCCUCGUGUCUCCGCAGAGUCGACUUUGGACGGGGAACGAUCGGUUGUUGCUGCGAGGUCUCUCCACUGAUUCAUUUCUCAGCUACUGCAUUGGCACGACGAGAAUGUUUUUUCUAAAACUCACAUGUGAAAGAGGGAUAUUAUUUGAGCAGCUGGAGAUUCAGCUGCCCCCAUGUGAUGCAUUGACCGACAGCGUUACAACAAACGAGUCCCCCCCCCCCCUUCUCUCAACUGGUUCUCUCUCUUCGUUCACUGUAAAUCUUUCGUUCUUUCUCUCCUUCUUUCUGCUGGUAGAGAUCUAGUUCACCCACUGUUUCCCCCGUUUUUCUUUUGUUUUGGAUUUUUGUAACUUAAGGGAAAAUGGACAGUGUUUGUUGCCUCUUUGUGCUACUGAUUAUGAAAAAGGUAUUUCCAGUAUUUGUUGCCACAGAAGUAUGAUAGCUUAUCAUCGACACCUUUUUUUUCUUCUUUCAUUUUCUUUUUUUGGGGGGAAAUUUGUAAUUUUUUUGUGCGACUUCUUGAGCUACUGUCUAUAAAGCGAGAAUUUAUUACUAUUUAUGUAACGCUACUACCAUUUUAUAUUGAUUUGUGUUGGAAUCUCAGUGCUUUUCUAUGAAUAAAGUGUGAAACACGA